UUUUAGACAAGAUCACCAAUUAUAAAAUGAAUGAGGAGAUAUCCCUAGAGGACAGUAUUCUUACUUGGGUUAACAGCUUCGACUGCAUCCAUUCUAAAGUGGCCAAUUUUGGUCAGCUUUGAGAGGGAUUUCAACUACUUGAGAUUCUCCAUACAGUUGAUUCCUCUCUAUGGAGCCUAAAGAACUCCUAUAAAAGGAACUUAAAGUCCAAAAGUUGAAAUUUUGAGACCCUAAAUACAAUAUUCAAAGGAGUACAGAGAUUUAAUGAAACAAAACUUGAAACUAAAGUUGCUGAUAACCUAAUCGACUUAAAGGCAUGAGCAGAGCUUACCUCAGUUAUAAACGGUAAGUUGAUACAAGAAAUACACAAGACUUCCUCCUCUUCCAAAGGGAUUGGGAUGCAUCUCCUCUACAGUGAGUCAUACAGCAGGAACGAACUCCUGAAAUUAUGAGAAAUGGUUGUUGACGUCACCGUAAAAUGCGACCACAAGGACAAGUUCAUUCACAAAAUCCUCCAACUUGAUGAAGCUACACAGAUGGGGCUGAUGAACUGUAUCCAAAACAAUGAGUUGUUGCUCAAACUCACUAAAGAACAAAGCUCCUUAGAUGAGAACAUUGUUAAGGAAAAGGACAACCCAGUCUUACAUUUCUUGAGCUUUAACAGCCAGUCUACUGAUUUAGCAUCUCAAAAUUGAAGCUUCUCCAAUAUUGAAAAGAUCAACCUGAACCUCAGCUUUAAUAGCCCAAACAGUUGAGUAAGCCAAUCAUUAUGCGAAGAAGAAGGAAAGUUAACAAUCGAAACUCCUGAGAAGCUCCAGAGCAGAGUCAAAGCUCUGGAGUAUCAUAAGAAAAUCUCAAAGAAGACUCAAAGCGAUCUCCUGACUCAAAUCAAAGAACAAAAUGACGUAAUUUCUACAUUAAAAUAAGGAAAAGAAGAGACUAGUCAGAGAGAAUGGGGCUCUAACUCCAGCCAAAAAGAAGCACUCUAGAAUGCCAAAGGAGGCCUUAGAGCUGAUCACAAACCUCGAGGCUGAGCUUGAUCGUGCAAAGACUGAAAUCAUCCAGCUCAAAGAUAAGAAUAGAGCUUCUGAGACCCUCUACUCUAAAUAUUUUGAUGAGAGUAGCGAGGAAGGCUACUUCUUGAAUGAUAGACUUGAUUCGCUCACAAGUGAGAACGAUAGCCUGAAGAGCAAACUUGUAGACCUCCAGACCAAGGCCAACCUGAGCGAGGCCUACAAAAUCAAAUUAGAAAAAAUCAUAGAAUAUAAAAAUAAAUAUGAAUCACUCCAAAGUGAGAACGAGGAUCUCAAAAAGGAGAUCUUCAAUUUUGAGCUACAAGCUAGCAAAGAGCGCUCCUUCCAAGAGAUUUAUGAGGACAAUAAGCAAGAACUUCUAUCAGCCAAGGCUGAGCUUCAUUCUUGUCAGAUAGAGCUGAAGACCUCAAGAGGGGAAAAUAUAGACUUACGUAAUGAGAUAACCAGACAGACCAAAAGUUAUAAAAAUCAAGAGUUGCGUAUCAAGCAGCUCGAAUAUGAGCUUAGCUUAGCUCAUAAAGAAUCUCUUCAGGAGCCUUCUAGAAGCGAAACACUUGCUGAAAACCUUAAGUAUGAAGCCAAAAUCAAAGCUCUUGAACAAGAAGUGAUUGAGCUCAGAAUUCAGAAUGAUGACUAUGCUAAUAGCCAACUCAUUAAGCUUGAAUUAGCCCUAGAUAAUCAAAAGAAAGAAACUGAGAAAACUCAAGCUGAGAAAGGAUAUUAUGAAGAAAGAUGAUCUCUACUCGAAACUCAAAAUUAUGAGCUUAAGAACAGAAUAAACUCAUUGAAAGAAGCAAAUCAAUCUACCAAGAUAAAGCUACUUCAGUAUACUUCUGCUACAGCGCAGGCUCAAGAACUCUCUCUAAGAUUAGCCUCGAUGACUACCAGACUUCAAAACCUCGAACAAGAGAAAGCAAAGUUACAGGCUUCUCUCAGUAUAGCGCCAACAUUGAAGGAUCAGUUACAGUCCUUCUUCGACGAAAACUUGAAAACCCUUAAUUCAGUAAAUCAGUUUUCAAAGCCUCAAAAUUCUUCGACCUCGCCUCUUUCUGGUGAGGAGCAAGUAAGGCUCUUGAAGAGCCAAGCCAAUAAGCUAAAGAAGGAGCUGCUUGUUUCUAAGAUGGAGAACAAGAUCUACAAGACUGUCUUCACAAUGGUAACCAAGCUCGAUUCGAACUCAUUCUUGCACAUCUGUGUGAGGUUCAUGAAGAUGUGAUAUGUCAUGUUUGUUAAAGUAUCCCUGGCUCAUCUCCAUUCAGGCAAGAAGAUAGCACUGAAAUAUUUGUACUCUGGUGCAAAGAAAUCCCAGUAGGAGAUCUUCAAACCUAAGAAUCAAAGAUGUUUCAACUCGGGUCAUAUUCGUGAGAAU